CAGAUUUUCAUGGCCUACGGUAGGAAGGCACUAGGCAGUUCAAGACACAAGAUAUGAAUGAAGAUUAAUCGUUAAUGAAUGUGAAAAUGUAUGUUCUGCUCGUUUGCAUAAUCAACUUUUAUUUAAUAUGUAAUACUCAUUUAUAAAAAUUCAAGACAAGGAUGCAGUGAGGUCAAACAUGCUGAGUAAUUAUCAGCUGUUGGUGCUGGUGGUGGUGCUGCUAGAGCCGGAAAGUAGAGCCGUUCUGCACACUGUGACGGGGCCGUGUGACAGGACCAGGAAGGUGCACAUAGAGCCGUGGGGUGUGAUCACUGAUGGCCCACCAGGAUCUAACUACACUCAGGAUUCCCACUGCGAGUGGCUCAUCAAAGCUAACAGCAGUGAGCAAUUCAUCUCGCUCAACUUCACGUCCAUGGGGACAGAAUGUUCUUACGAUUAUGUUUAUGUGUACGACGGGGACUCUUUCAACUCUCCCAUGCUGGGGAGCUUCAGUGGCAAGACUCAACCUCAGACUGUUGUUGCCACAUCUGGUUUUAUGCUAGUGCUGCUCUACAGUGAUACAAACUAUGUCCUGGACGGGUUCCGUGCAGAGUAUUACAUCACAGACUGCCCAGCCAACUGUUCCGGCCACGGAACUUGUCUAGCUCACUCUUGUAUCUGUGAGAGUGGGUGGGGUGGGGUGGACUGCUCCCGCCCAUUGUGUCCCAGCCAGUGUGGCAUGGCGGCGGGGCGGGGUCGCUGUGUCCUGGGGCAGUGCCAAUGCUUCCCCGGCUACUCUGGCCAAGCCUGCAGUCUGUACAAGGCGGAUCCUGUUGGCAACACAUGGCACUGGCUGUACCAAGAGGGAGUGACUGCUAGGGCUGCGCACUCCGCUAUUUAUAUAAAUGAAACUGAUGCUCUCUACGUGUUCGGAGGAUACGAUCUCAAUUCAGUGCUGGGUGACCUGGUCGUGUUCAGGUUCAACCACAGUCAAUGGGAGGAUGAAGAAGGGAAGAUUAUCAAUAGUAUGACAGGAUUCAAUGACAAGUUGGAUGCUCGAAGGUUGGCUGCAGUGGGCAAAUGGGCGACAGUUGGCAGCUCUGAUGAUCAGUGGGGUGGACUGCAUCAUCGACCCAACUUUUUCUCUACUUUACUAUUCACCUCUGCCAUUGCCGACAACAACUCAAGGAUACAGAAACAUUCGGAAGCAAGCAGACACAGCGGGCGAGUUCACAGACAGGCAGGUGUGGAAGAAGAGUUUACACCCAGAAGACCAUCUCCUAGAUAUGCCCAUGCUGCAUGCAACUAUCCAGGUGGGUUUGUGCUGUACGGGGGUGUAAUGGAGGACAACAGGCUAUCGUCCGAGUUGUGGCUGUACCAGGUGGUGGGGGGCCGGUGGUCUCUACGAGCCCAAUUCUCCACCGUUCACCCCCCACCUCUUGCCCGCCACACACUCACGUUAGCCGAUGAUGGUUGGCUCUACAUUGUGGGCGGAUCUACCGAGCAGGGACAUUUCUCGUCCAAAAUUUUCAGGAUAAAACUGACCACAGUUGGUGGCUACGAGGCGUGGGAGGAAGUAGUGCCGCGGGGAGGCAAGGAGCUAGACGUGCGGCUGGUAGCACAUUCCACUGUUUACAACCCCCACGCCAAUGCUCUGCUGGUAUACGCUGGUAUUGUGGCCAAUGUCGCUAGGUUCAGCAAGCUCAGCGACCGCAUGUUCUCCUUCCAGUUAGACAGCAGACACUGGGCCGAGGUGCACUACCCCCGGGCUGAGCUGCCAGACACGUACGUGCCGCGUGAGCGAGCUUUCCACUCGGCUACUGUCAUCGGUAACUACCUGGUAGUAUUUGGCGGCUACACUCACAGACACAACAGAGAGGAGAUCUGCUAUGACAAACAGCUAUACCUGUAUCACCUGGGCUGUCACACAUGGGUCAGUCACGACAUCCUCGAUAACCUGGGCAAUGCAUCACACUACCCCAAGGUACAAGGGAUCUUCUCCCAUGCAGCUGCUCUCCGCAAUGGAAAUACGCUGCUGUUGUUCGGUGGCUAUCACGGCAAUGUCAACGCUGACCUGCUGGCCUUCGUCAUGCCUCCCACCAUUGCCAGCAGAGACGGGGAACCCUACGAACCAGAGCAGAUCUGCAGCAGACACCACAGUCUGUCGGCAUGCAGCGGAGACCCGGAGUGUGGUUGGUGUUCGGCUGACGAUGUCUGCUAUGGACGCACGCUGGGUAUCAACUGUACGACUAACCUGCAGACGACGCGAUGUCCUGGUGUGUGCCCUGCACUGGGCGACUGUCACAGCUGCCUGCUGCACGGUACCACGCGGCGUGAUGGCCUGCACUCCGUAGUUCACAAGCUGCACGCAGGCCAGUGCACUUGGUGCGUGCAGAAUGCCAGGUGUCACCACAAAGAUGACAAUUUUGGUGUGUGUGGACUGAAAGAGGACACACCAUCGCAGGUGGCGGGCUGGUGGGGUGACAAGGGUGCAGAGGUGAUGAGUGCUGAUGUAUGCAGAGAGGUGGACCGAAGGCCUGGACUCACCUUCCUCAAGUACAAGUACCCCGCCAAUCUCACGCAUCCAGAUUCCGUGAGUAUAAUCAACGCGACAACAGCUGACUUCAAUGCACUAAGUGUGACGAUGAGCCGAACAGAGCAGAACCUGGGUGGAGAGAUAACGGCCAGACUGCUGGGGUUCCUGAGGCCGCCCCACACUUGGGAGAACGCCAAGGAACAGCUGAGGAUAUGUGUGAGCCACUCCACUGCCACUCUGCGCCUUGAGUCUAUCACAAGCCAUCUGGAGGUGGUUGCUAACAUGAGUGCUGACCAGUCCAGCUGCGUGGCAGCACUGUGGCCCACAGGAGCUCCUACAGUGCUGCUCCCUGGCAGGUACCUGGUGGACUUUGAGGCUCGCAAGAACAUCACCAUCAGCCACUACCCCCCUGUACACUCCCACUCCAAGAUGGAGCUGCUGCACAACAAGACACAUGAGACGCCCAAGGUGUUUACGUUUGAGUAUCUGGAACCGUAUGAGGGCAAUGGCACGUGCAGCCAGUACACCAACUGUCUGCAAUGUCUGAGCGACUCACUGUGCGGUUGGUGCGAGGUGAUGCGUGAGUGCCAACCCCGUAGCAACGAUGAGCGGACCACCUGUCUCAGUGGUCCAGAAGAUUGGCACUACCUGACAAUCGUGCCCUGGCAAUGUGCCAACUGCUCCAACUUCAUUGACUGUGAGGACUGUGUCGGCUCGGGGAAGUGUGAGUGGUGGACGGAUGACGCCAGGUGUGCUCGACGCGGCAGGUCUACUAACGGAGUGGUAGAACUGUCAGCCUGCCCCGCUCCGUGUCACAGUCGGGAGAACUGUACUGAUUGCCUUGAUGGCAAUGGUCGCUGUGUCUGGUGUCAGGCUACUCAGGAGUGUUUCUCGUUUGCGGUUUAUACAUCGCAGUAUCAGUUUGGCAUGUGUCGUGAGUGGCUGGACCAGGCCUACCACUCGCCCCACUCACUCGCUCCACGUAACCAGGCCAGUGCUGCAUGCAACGUGUGUGGCCGCCAUGCCAACUGCUCAUCAUGCCUGCGCACGCUCGGUUGUGGCUGGUGCUACGAUCUUGACAACCCCAUCCAAGGUGCCUGUGUCCCAGGAGACUUCAGUCAGCCAUAUGUGGAGUCAUGCAGCUCAGUUGUGAACAUGAGACACAACAUGUCCCUGUACUCAGACGAGGUGAGUUGGUCAUAUGCACAGUGUCCAGACGUGGAUGAGUGCGGCCUGGGGCUGCAUGAUUGCCACCCCGAGGCUAAGUGUACCAACACGCACGGUUCGUACAGCUGCCAGUGUCGUCGUGGCUUCAUCGGCGACGGCAAGCACUCCUGCACUAAAACCUGCUACGACAAGUGUAUCAACGGCUACUGUGUGGGUUCACCGCAGUACUCAUGCAAGUGUGAUCUGGGCUGGACAGGCUCUGACUGUGGCACCAACUGUGGCUGUAACAACCACUCCACCUGUGCACAGGGAGUCGGCAUCUGUGACAGCUGCCACGACUGGACUACUGGGGAGUUCUGCCAGUAUUGCAAGGCUGGCAGCUAUGGCAAUGCAACAUCUCCUGAAGGUUGCCGAGGCUGUAACUGCAACGAACACGGUAACACAGCCCUGGGCGUUUGUGACACAGUGACAGGAGUCUGCUAUUGUCAGGACAACACGGAGGGACCAACCUGCAACAAGUGCAAGAAAGGUUACUACGGGGACCCCAGGCGUGGUGGCACCUGCUACUUCCAGUGUAUGGCACGAGGUAUGCUGACCAGCUGGGAGCCACAGGGCCUGGGCUCCAGGCUGGCCGAGAUGAGUGCCUGGGAGUCCCGACAGGGCCCACCGUCUCGUGAAUGUCUCUGGAUCAUCAGUCCACACGACUUACACAACAAGACUGAAGUUUCCAGUGUAAUCCAGUUGGUGAUAGACCCGGAUAUCUCGGUGACAUGUGGGGACAACAGUGUGUACGUGUAUGAUGGGUUGCCAGACUUUGUAUCCAUGGGUACUCACCAGAGUCAGGUGUUGGGAGUGUUCUGUACCCAGGAUACCAUCUACCCGGUCACUGUUGAGGCUAGAUCAGGGAUGAUGACUGUGCACUACAAGCAGGGAGAUCCGCUGGAAGGGUUCAAUGCCUCGGUGACUGUGUUGACGUGCCCCGAUAGAUGUCCCCGGAACCGGGUGUGUCGCCAGGGAGCCUGUGUGUGUCCGGAGGGAACAACAGGACCGGACUGCAGUGAUCAGCUGUGCUCCAACAACUGCACAGCUGACCUUAAACAGGGCUUCUGCGACAAGGGCUAUGGGCGGUGCCUGUGUACGGAGGGAUGGGGAGGACCACAAUGUGCGACCAGGCUGAGAGCCAAUCAACUGGUCUUCACUGAGCUGUUUAAUUCUGCGCACCUCGCUGAUAACCUGGACCACUUGCGUAAGAUGUUGCCACGGUUUGGCCACUCGCUGCUGACCGACCGACGUGGCUCACUCUGGCUGUUUGGCGGGUACUCACUCUCCCACGGUCCACUCAACGAUAUCCGCCUCUUCGACACAAAGAACAACACAUGGAUGCAGGUGACAAUAGACUCUACAAACGACAUCAACAUGCCUCAAGGUCGCUACUUCCACGCAGCAGAGAUAGUACAGUCCAAGCGUGAAAUAUUCGUGUAUGGAGGACUCACGCAGAAAGAAACCAAUGUGCCUGGAGUUUCAAACAGUACUCUCAACGACUUCUGGAAGUUCAGUCUGAAGAAUCAGCGUUGGAUUGAUAUCCAGACUGCUACAGCUCCCCCACCUCUGGCGGGUCACACUCUGACACUGCGGCGGGGCCCGGAGUCUGAGAGUCUACUGCUCAUCGGAGGGUUCAGCCCCAACUUUGGUUUCCUGCAGUCGGUGUGGGAGUUCGACCUAGCCACUGAGAACUGGACAGAGCUGGAGACCUUUGGAAAUGGACCUCUGGGAGUGUACGGACACAGCACAGUGUACCACGUGCCCACUGCCAGCUUCUACGUGUUUGGAGGCUACACGUACGCUGUUAACCGUACGUUUAUAUCUAACAAACUGUACACAUUCCACUACCCGUCGCAGACUUGGUCCGUCCUACCCACUUUUGAGGAGUACAACCCACCCAGGAUGCAACUGCCACAGCCAAGGUUCCUGCACACGGCUGUGACGACUGAUGAGUUUCUGUUGGUGUUCGGAGGUCGUAGUGUCACGCCCACAACGCAGGACUCACUCAUCGCCUACUCGUACGCCUGCAACCAAUGGAUCAGGCUGUUGUCCAAAGAUGUAGUUGUUGUGGGCAACCCUCCGCCGGCCACCUACGCCCAUGCCAUGGCUCUGGAUCCCGAGACCACCAACAGUACAGUUGCGUACGUGAUGGGAGGCUUUGCUGGAGGUAUACAGAGCCAUGUCACUCGCAUCUCUUUGCCGUCUGAUUUGUGCCGUCUCUGGACCAACAAGGACAAGUGCAGGUCAUUUCUGGGAUGUUCGUACUGUGCUGUGAUCAGCGAGACUGGCAAUUCCACCAGCUACUGCUACAGCAACUCCCGUGGUGCGAUAAGUGACCCGUGCCGUGGCCUGGAGGGGACUCACAAGACUAACAACGGUGUCAUGUGUAACCGGGAGUUCCUCGGGCAGCGAACCUGCGAGCAGUACACCACCUGCACGGACUGUCUGGCACGCUGGCCCUCACACUGGGACGAGCCUCCGGUGUGUAAAUGGUGUGGCAAGUGCUCGAGGGCGCGCUGUGUGCCAGCGACUGCCGACUGUGACAGAGAUAACAAAUGCCGCGUGGUGACAAAUGUGACUCAGUGCGCGGAGACACAGUGUGCUGCCAGCGAUUGUAACAAAUGUCACGCCCUCGGCAACUGUCUCUGGACCAGACAAGCGAUGCUGACUACGGAGCAAGGAGUGAAGGUCACCGAAGAUCCCAUCUACGACUGGAGCUGUGUUACUCAGGAGUUCACGUCUAGGAUCAGUAUCCCAAUGAAGACAAGCAGUGCUGUUUGUCCAGCACGCUGCAGCGAGCAUAAGGACUGUGACAGCUGUCUCACCUCUCAGGGAGCAGAAGGAGGGUGGCACGAGUGUCACUGGUCAGUGGAAUUAAACGAGUGCGUAGCUCCGAGCUACCAGCCUCUGUACUGCGCCGGGGGCACCUGUGGCCUGGUACUCUCAGGCGGCAGUAAUGAGCACUGUCCACAGGCGUGUAAGAGCUACAAGCAGUGCUCCACCUGCCUGCGCCAUGCCCACUGUGGCUGGUGCUCUCUGGACGGCACCAACUCUACCGGCCAGGGAGUCUGUUAUGAAGGGUCGUUGGACCGGCCUGCAUCGGGACCAGAGAAAGAGACGUGCGAUGCUCUGUACAGCAGAGAGCACCAGGAUGUGCCAGAGACAGCAGUGUUCUCAUGGCACUACGUGCGCUGCCCACCCGAGAACGAGUGUGAGAAUGGCCACCAUAGUUGUGAUGCUGAAAGUGAGCAAUGUGUUGAUCUGCCACAUGGCUACAAGUGUGUCUGCGGCAGUGGCUACCGCUCCGACAACAACGACUGUGUCCCGGUGUGCCCUAAGGGGUGUGUGCGAGGGACCUGUGUGGCACCUGACCACUGCCGCUGUGACUUCGGCUACGUAGGGGCCAACUGCUCUAUACAGUGUCAGUGUAACGGGCACUCAGAGUGUGAGGGUCCGGACCGGCUGGACCGAUGUGUCAAGUGUCACAACAACACGCAAGGCCCUCAGUGUCAGCAUUGUCGACCGUUGUAUGUGGGUGACCCGACCGAGGGCGGCGAGUGUGUGCCUUGUGUGGACUACUGCAACGGUCACACGCACGUCUGUGUCAAUGAGAGCGUCACCGAGUUUCCCUUCUCUCCCUCCACCCCUACACAGGAGAUCAUUGACUAUCUUGGGCUGGGGCCAACCACCAGAGCCAAAUGUGUGUGGUGUGGGAAUCACACAAUGGGAGAGAAAUGUCAAGACUGUAUGGAGGGCUUCUUCCGGGGCUCUGAGGACCACCGGGCCAGCUGCCGACCCUGUGAGUGUCACGGACACGGAGACACUUGCGAUCCCAUCACGGGAGAGAAGUGCAACUGUGCCAACAAUACCGAGAGUGACCCAACCUGCCAAAGCUCCAAGAACAGCCACCACUGCUGGGCCCUGCAAUGCUCCAAGUGCCGAGAUUCAUACUUUGGCACACCUACAGAUGGCCACCAAUGCUACAAGCAGAUGAACGUCGACUACAAGUUCUGUCUGGAUGCCAAACUGAUCGAGGAUUGCAAGACAAAACUCAAGCCUCUUGCAGUCGCUCAGACGGUGUUUUUCAUGGUGCAACCACGCUUCAUGAAUGUGGAUAUCCGCCUGACUGUGGACGUUACCCAGGGCGGGCUUGACUUGUUCGUGAGUCCUAGGGAUGACACGUUUGUGGUGGAUGUCAACAUGUCAACUGGAGCUCACACAAUCAACAUGGAUACAAGAUACAUCUGGCAUCCUAGUGAUGAGAGUGUACAGCUGGAGAACGAGAAUGGUUCGUCCAAUGUGUGGCAUUCGGGUCAGGUGUUCAACGUGAUGGAGCGCCAGGCCAAGGGACUUACCACCUUCAUUACACUGGGACAGCGCAACACUCUGCUGUUUGUGCGCAACCUCACCACCAACCGACUUGUCCUUACUCUGCCAGAGAAGGUGCACGAACUGGGAUCCACGCGGUUCUACAUCGCGGUCACUGCGGUGAACCAGGCGUACGGAACAAAUUUUUUUCCGCCAAGACCAGCUUCACAUAGAUCUCUUUGUUUUCUUCUCCGUGUUCUUCUCUUGCUUCUUCCUGUUCCUGGCGGCGUGUGUUGUGGCGUGGAAGGCCAAGCAGGCGGCAGACGUACGUAG